AUGCUCCACCCGGCGCGAUUCCUCCUUCUCCUCCUACUCCUCCUCAGCCGAGGGCGCCGGCCGCUGCUGCCUUCGAGGCGGCGGCGGCGGCCGCUGCAAAACCCUCCCGGUGGCUCUGCACGAAGGCAGCGCCGAGCGAGUGUCGCCUUCCCCUCGCCACCCCCAGCGCCGCCGCCGCCGGCGAGCCCCGAGCUCAGUGUCGCUCAAACCUCCCCUUCCAGCCCCGCCGGCCCCGCUCGGCCCUCCCCCCACGCCCCGCGGACCCUUUCAAACCCCCUGGGCUCGCGGCGGCUGCUCCCUGAGGAAACGCUGGCCGCGGCUGGGGCCGGCGCGGCGAGGCUCGGAGCGGGGCGGCGGCGGGGCGCCCGGUACGGUGAGCCCAGCAACGAGGCGCGGGCGGGCGCGCAGAGACGCCGGGUCCUCGCGGAGCACGGCAGGGGCGCGGCGGCGGCGGUGGCAGCGGGAGCCCAGGGACCGCUCCAUCACUGGCAGCCAUGGAGCCCGAGCAUUUUCCUCCCUCCGGGCAGGCGCCUCGGCUCGGCACACGUCCUGGGGGAGGAAGGGGCCGGCGCCCGAGCCUCCCCGAAGGGCGGCGGGACGUGCGCUAAGCGCCGACGGUGCGAGCCGCUUCUCGUCCUCUUCCUCCGCAGCCGGCUCGUCCUCACCCCGCUGCUCCCGCGGCCCAGGCAGGAGGGGGCCGCAGGCAGCGGCAGCGGCGACGACUCCUUUCUCGGCGGUGUUGGUGGCCAGACAGGCUGGUGCAGCGACUGCAGCCGACGCCGUUCAAAGGAACGAGAGCAACAGCAUCACGAGUUUCAGUUCCCAGGAGUCCGCCGCCGCCACGACAUGAGUCAGGCUUUCUUCUUCGGCGCGUGGCGAAGCCCUCCUCCCCUUCGCCACACCUGGGCUCGCCCCCGGCCCUCGCCGCCCUCGCCCCCUCGGAGGAUGCCCCAGACUGGUGCUGCGGGGUCGGCGGAAGGCCGGUGGCUCCUCAGGAUAGGCGCUCCCUUUUGUGCGGUGCAGUUGCUGCUGCCGUGCGGUCCCCUCGCCCUUCGACGGGCAGGGACGAGCCAGCCGGGCAGAUGUUGCAGCUGUUUGCAGUUAAAUGCCUAGGCUCUUCUCUAGAGAGGGGAGCGUUUGCAAGCCAUUGUUUCCUGGAGGGAUGCAGCAGCCCAGCCUAGUAAAUAACCGAUCUCAACAGGUGGAGCUUACCUCCAACCGGGAUAUCUUCUAGUUUAAUUGUCCAGGCUGUAGCCCCUGCAGGUUUGACCUAAAAGACAAAGUGGCCUAGUCUUUGUGGCAAUACAAGUGCUGUGAUAAAUGAACACUACCUUUUAGAGGUAGAAAAGAAAGAGAACCAUCUGCGAUUCAAGUUUAAAAACAUAAACAAAAUAAAAACAAAAUCCUGCAUGGGUCCGAGCAUAGUUCUACAGAAGCAAUGUUAGCUUUGAUUGGAGGCAAUUUACUGGAAGUUGCUUCCCUGGCAUUACAUGUCAAAACAUUCUAGCUCUAAGCACUUUUUACUACUGAGAGCGUACAUCUCGCCCAGGAAUUAAAACACAGCAAAGUAAUGUAGAAAACCUUAGAGAGAAAGGUUUGUUUUUUUCUACUUAGGUUGUUGAGGAACUAAACGUUUAGGGUUAGAUCUCUGAUUCAAUUAAAUCUCAGACUCACGGAUCUACAGUCCUGUUUCAGGAGCUUGGUAAAAAGUAGACGGCAGGGUUUCCAUAGACGUCUAAUUGGUGAUUCAACAUGUUACCUUUAGGUUUCUCUCAACUUUUCCCCUCAUUCCAUCCCCCAAAGGUUAGGAGUAUCACUGUUGUUAUAUUCUUAUAUAAAAACACACCCUCAACAUCCUUGUAUAGCCUGUAUCAAAAUUUUGAUCUUUUGUGGCGGGACUCCCAGAACUAAACCCAAAAAGAGGAGUAGGUGUUUUUAGUGUGGAGCUCUGGGCUAGGUAUAAAGUAGGUGUUCAAAACAUUGCAAGUGAUAUGGUGGUAAAAAUCAAAUACAUUUGAAAAGAUCGAACUUGUUUUAUGAUAUUCAUGAAUUCAUACAUGGAUGAUUUUUUUUUAUAUAACUGGCCAUUUGUGUAUUUUACACAAAUAAUCAUUUCUUUUUUUAAUACUACAAUAGCUUUUGUUGCAAGUAACACAGCUGGUUCAUAGCCACCAUCCAUGGUUGAAAUGCAGCUCUGACAUGCUUUUCCAACAGUCAGGAAAAGAGAACAUAUCCUCACGAAUUAAAACUGCAAUGGAAUGUACAAAGGCAAAAAAGUGCUUCUCUGAGCUACACUGUGAAAGAAAAUGUGCUCGAUCUCUCCAAAUGUUGCCUUAGGUCAAAGUUUUAAAUUAACCCAAGCAACAACCCAGAACCCCUUGGGCCACCUAAAUACCCACUGUGAUUGUGCUGAUAGGCUUCCAAGCAGAAGAAACACAUAUAAUAAAGUCUUCCAUAGUU